GUCCCUUUGGGAAGCAACGACAGACAGCAUCAAUGGGGAUCAGCCAUCAGGCGCAUUGCCAGCAUCCUCUGGACCGAUUGUGCUGGAAGUGCGACAUUAUUCUCCAUAUUUAGUUUAGAACCUUAGAGGCGAAAUUAUAUAGAUUUAUUCUAAAUUUAAAUUGAACUAAGUUAUAUAAAAUAAUGUGUACAAAACUUACCAUUUUAGGCACCCACAGACGUAUUCGUGCUGCGGUUCAUCGCUGUGUGAGUUGAUAGAGGGGGAGAAGCGCUCAUCCUCCUCUGCUGUCGCGCUCUGGAACGAAUUAUACAUUCCAGUUUUUAUAAUUUUCAUUUAGAAGAUACAAUUCCUGUCGUCGAUAUAACAGAUAGAUAUAAUCUCGGUCGCUCAACCCGUGCAUGCCGUCUACAUUGCGGUGUGAAGGUAUUUAACAUCUUGCAGAGUGUCUAACAGUCUAAGCAAUGGGAGCUCUAAGCAAACAGCAGUUCUUCCAGGAGCUGGGAUCCGGUUGCUUGCUUCCGACUGUUCAGCACGGUCUGGAACAAGUAUGGCAGCUGUUACUCAUCUGCCUAGUGUGUAGGCUGCUGUGGAGAUUGGGUCUGCCCUCUUUCUUGAAACACUUGAGUACGGUGGCAGGUGGUUUUUAUACUCUUUACCUGUUCUUCGAGCUGCACAUGGUUUGGGUGGUGCUUCUCAGCCUCCUCUGCUACCUCAUCCUCUUCCUGUGCCGCCAUUCGAGCAGCCGAGGACCCUUCCUGUCCAUCACCAUCCUCAUCUACCUCCUUCUUGGAGAAUUGCAUAUGAUGGAUACAACAACCUGGCAUAAAAUGAGAGGUUCCCAGAUGGUAGUGGCCAUGAAGGCAGUUUCUAUUGCCUUUGAUUUGGACAAAGGCAUAGUGGAGAAAUUUCCCUCUCCAGUGGAGUUUAUGGGCUACAUUUACUUUGUGGGGACGGUCAUCUUUGGGCCCUGGAUCAGUUUCAAUAGCUACAUGGAUGCGGUAGAGAGUCGAAAAUUUAGUGUCUCCUGGUUUCUGAAGUCAGUCUUCAGUUGUGUGAAGAGCCAGCUCUGUCUGGUAAUUUCCAACUGUAUUGCACCCUAUCUCUUUCCCUAUUUCAUCCCGGUCUUUGGAGACAAGCUGCUCCGCAACAAGAAACGAAAGAUAAGGGGCUCUCUUAAAAGGUGGCUACAGGCCUAUGAGAACACCUUGUCCUUCCAUUUCAGUAAUUACUUUGUGAGUUAUCUUGGUGAGACGACCAGCACAUUGGCAGGUGCUGGUUUCACAGAGGAGAAGGACAAUCUUAAGUGGGACUUGACAAUAGCAAAGCCGCUAAAUGUAGAGUUUCCCAGGUCUAUGGUUGAAGUGGUGACUUCCUGGAACCUGCCCAUGUCCCGCUGGCUCAACACCUAUGUAUUCAGGAAGGCUCUCAAAUAUGGGAGCUUCACAGCUAUUAUCUUGACAUACACAGCAAGCGCCCUGCUACAUGGUCUAAGCUUCCACAUUGGGGCAGUAUUAUUUUCACUAGGCUUCAUAACAUAUAUUGAACACGUGCUUAGGAAAAGAUUGUCAGUCAUUUUAAAUGCAUGUGUGCUCUCCAAGAGAUGCCCAUCUGACUGCAAACACAGACAUAAAAAGGAAUUUUGGGUAUAUUUCAUUAAUGGGACUUUUAGCAUGUUAGCAGUACUACAUUUAACAUACCUGGGUUCAAUUUUUGGCUCCAGCACAGAUGACACGGAUUCUGAUGAGGAUGGCAUGGCCAGCCAUACCAUUGAGAAAUGGACACAGCUCAGCUGGACAAGCCACUGGUUGACCUUUGGCCUUUGGGUCCUGUAUCGCCUUAUUCUAUAAACAAUGAGACCUACAUAGACAAGGAGAGAUGGGGAGAGGAUAGCAAUAACUGUGAUUGGAUAUUUUAUGUGGUUUUACUAUAGAGGAGCCAUGGCCGUUUAUGGCAUCACUGUGAACUCUGGAUGAACAUGACUGUGGCCCAGAGUCCUCAAAUCCAGAAAAAAAAUAACAUACAGGUAAUAUUGAUCCACACCAUUGGACCACUGGAUAUCCUGAAGUUUUCUAAACUACUUAAAGUAAAGAAGCAUCAAGAGCAAUCCUCAAUAAGUGUGAACAUGUACUUGAUAUUCAUAGCCAUUGUUAAUGAAUUUGUCAAGAUUGUGAUGACUAAUCGAUAUUGUAGUUGUAGUUGGUUUUGUUUGAUGGUUUAGGAUAAUUACUUUUUAGAAAAUUAGAAAAUUAGAAAAAUAGGUAAAUAUUCUCAAUGCUUUUUUUCAGAAGCUCUAAAGUCAAAUUGCAAGAAUCAAGUUUGGCACAUUUGUUCUGUUUCUUUUCCCCUGUUCCCAAAUGGAAUGACAACUAAUACUCAUGCUUAUUUACUAAAGCACAUAUCAUUUGUUCAUUACAGUUGGCAUAUAUGAUAAACAUGCCAUAAACAGGGGUCACACUCACCAAACUCGUUCCUGGAGGGGCAGUAUCCUGCAGAGUUUAGCUCCAACCCUAAUCAAGCACACCUGAACAAGUUCUUCUUCUUAUGUAUACUUGACACUUCCAGGCAGGUGUGUUGAGACAAUUUGGAGCUAAACUUUGCAUGACACUGGCCCUCCAGGACAGAAUUUGGUGAAGCCUGCCAUAAAACUUCCUCACAGGGCUCUGAAUGAACAUAUGAUAAAGUUGACAUCCUCUGUUUUGUAUAAAUUGUAUGAAAUAGUGACAGUAAUUCUAUGGGUGACUUUGAAACCUGUGAGACACUCAAAGUGUUAGUGUUUAGUUGAAGUAGGUUCUUAUAUUUAACCUUUGCAAAAAAUUAAUUAACAAGAAAUGGAGAAAGUUAAAUCAUACAGAUAAUGUGUUUUUGUUUUCAGUGUAUUUAUUUUAAUCUUUGCCAUUGUUUGGUUGUAAAAAGUUAUUUAUCAGAUCAUCACACUGAAUUAUAUGGAUUGUUUUUUUAGUGCCAAACAGAACAAUACUCAUUAAUAGCUGAUUAAUUACAGGUAUGUUCUUUAUUACUUUUAAUUUAUUUACUGUUUAGACAUUUAACACGCAACACAUUUUCUAUUGGAUCACCCUUUUGAUAAUCCAUCCGUGUACUUUUAUUAGUGAAUAGUAAAUAAAGAGUUCAUAUUACA